CUUUACCGCACUGCCGAAUCCAAUGACAAGCUCCACGCAGUGGGUGGCUACAUCCCACCUCGAUGGACACGGUCAAUGCGAAAAUCCACCUUCUGCCGGAUUACCAAUUUCUUUCUUCUUGGUCUGCCCAAAUAUGAGACGGUGCUUUUCACGAUGCUGUCGUAGAUCUUUUCGAGAUAGUCCCUUGUUGUUUUCGUUCCGUCUCCUUUCUUUUACUUCUCCCGGUCCGCCGCGACCUACAGUCCUUCAAUCCAGCUUGCGGCGGUGGCUUUCGUGGGGGAGCGAUUCGAGAAGUUGUGGAGGUCUCCGAACUGAAAGUUGUGGGUGAACAAUGGCCAAUACCCUUUCCCGAGCAUUGAGCCUCGACCGACCAACCCAGCAACAUGGCCAUACCGCAAAUGACCAUGUCCAGGAGAACGCAUCUCCGUCGUCUACGAGGUCCGAAACUGAUACUGUGGGCGAGGUGCACGCCAUUGACCAUGGAAAGCGAAACGCAAAAUCCCGGACGUCUUCAGACUCAUACGGUCUUCAAAGGACAGCUUCCGGCGUCGAUGUCGAGCGCGCUGAGAAGGAUUUUGCAGAGCUAAGCAGAGAACUGAGCUCGAUUAGUCGUCGCGUUUCAAGGACUCAUUCCAGGGCUUCUGUGCCCAGGAGGAAGGAUCUGGAAAAAGCUAUCACCUCGUCCGAAUACACUUCCGAGGAAGGUUUUGAUCUUGAAGCUACCUUGCGAGGCAAUCGUGAAGCCGAAGGAGCUGCAGGCAUCAAAUCGAAGUAUAUUGGCGUCAUAUGGGAGAACCUGACCGUACGCGGCAUUGGUGGCGUUAAGAAUUUUGUCAAGGUGUUCCCCGACGCUUUUGUCGAUUUCUUCAAUGUCCCAGGGACCAUUAUGAGCAUUCUGGGUUAUGGAAAGAAGGGCAGAGAGUUCAAUAUCCUAAGGGACUUCCGCGGUCUCGCAAAACCGGGCGAGAUGGUUCUUGUUCUAGGCCGACCUGGAAGCGGAUGCACAACAUUCCUCAAAGUGAUUGCUAACCAGCGCUAUGGCUACACUGGCAUUGACGGCGAAGUUCUCUACGGUCCAUUUGACUCAUCGACAUUUGCCAAAAUGUAUCGAGGUGAAGCGGUCUACAAUCAAGAAGAUGAUGUCCAUCACCCUACCCUUACUGUUGGCCAGACUCUCGGCUUCGCCCUGGACACCAAAACACCUGGGAAGCGACCGGCCGGCAUGAGCAAAGCUGAAUUUAAGGACAGAAUUAUCCACUUACUCCUAAAGAUGUUCAACAUCGAGCACACCAUCAACACUAUUGUUGGCAAUCCUUUUAUGCGUGGCGUAUCAGGUGGUGAGAGAAAACGAGUCUCGAUCGCCGAGAUGAUGAUAACAGCAGCUACUGUAUGUGCUUGGGAUAACAGCACCCGUGGAUUGGAUGCGUCUACCGCCCUGGAUUAUGCGAAAUCGCUCCGGAUCAUGACCAACAUCUACAAAACCACGACAUUCGUAUCGUUAUAUCAAGCGUCCGAGAACAUCUACAAGCAAUUCGACAAGGUCAUGGUAAUCGACCAGGGGCGACAAGUCUUUUUUGGUCCCGCAAACGAAGCCAGGGCGUACUUUGAGGGAUUGGGCUUCCUGGAGAAACCUCGCCAGACCACACCCGACUAUCUCACCGGUUGUACCGAUGAGUUCGAGCGGGAGUACAAACCCGGUAGAUCAUCUGAAAAUGUACCUUCCACCCCAGACGCGCUCGUGGAAGCCUUCAACAACUCUGUGUAUUCCGAGAAACUGUCAAAAGAAAUGACAGCCUACAGAGAGUCGAUCCGGGAAGAGAAACAAAUCUACGACGAUUUCGUAGCGGCACAUCGAGAAGCCAAGCGAAAACACACCCCCAAGAACUCUGUUUAUUCUGUCCCUUUCUACCUGCAGAUCUGGGCGUUGGUGCAGAGACAAUUCUUGAUCAAAUGGCAGGACAAGUUCUCACUCGUUGUCUCCUGGGUCACCUCAAUCGUCAUCGGCAUCGUGACCGGUACGGUCUGGCUCAACCAGCCCCAGACGUCGGCAGGCGCUUUCACACGAGGCGGCGUAUUGUUCAUUGCUCUACUCUUCAACGCCUUUCAAGCCUUUGCAGAGCUGGCAUCUACCAUGCUUGGUCGGCCAAUUGUCAACAAACAUCGCGCGUAUACAUUUCAUCGUCCAGGAGCAUUAUGGUUGGCUCAAAUUGUGGUCGACCUCUGCUUUGCAACUGUCCAGAUCUUCGUCUUCAGUGUGAUUGUUUACUUCAUGACCGGUCUUGUGCGAACUCCAGGUGCAUUCUUCACCUUCACGCUAAUCAUCAUAUCCGGCUAUCUGUCCAUGACACUGUUCUUCCGGACAAUCGGUUGCUUGUGUCCAGACUUCGACUAUGCCAUCAAAUUCGCUGCUAUCAUCAUUACGUUGUUUGUCAUCACCUCUGGCUAUAUCAUCCAAUAUCAAAGCCAGCAAGUGUGGUUACGAUGGAUUUUCUACGUCAACGCGCUAGGCCUGGGAUUUUCGGCCAUGAUGAUGAACGAGUUCAAAAGACUGACGAUGCGCUGCACUUCCGAAUCGCUUAUCCCCUCUGGUGCUGGCUACAACAAUAUUGACCACCAAGUCUGCACUCUACCAGGAUCUCAGGCCGGUUCCGACGAAGUCUCGGGGACGGCAUACGUCAAGACUGGCUUUCAAUAUGACCCUGACGACCUCUGGCGUAAUUGGGGCAUAAUUGUCGUGCUUUGUGCGGUCUUUCUCUUCGCCAAUGUUGUCCUGGGCGAAACCAUCAAGUAUGGCGCAGGAGGUCGAACUGUGACCUAUUUUACCAAAGAGAACAAUGAAAGAAAAGACUUGAACGAAAAGCUCCGAGAGCGAAAGCGAAGAAGGCAGAGGAAACAGGAUGCCGAAGACAGCUCAGAGCUCAAUAUUACUUCCAAGGCGGUAUUGACCUGGGAGAAUUUGACAUACGACGUGCCCACUGCUUCAGGCCAACUCCGUCUUCUCAGGGACGUCUUUGGAUACGUGCGUCCAGGACAAUUGACCGCGUUGAUGGGUGCAAGUGGGGCGGGAAAGACGACACUUCUGGACGUGCUCGCACACCGAAAGAACAUCGGUGUUGUUGGUGGAGACAUUCUGGUCGACGGGCAGAAACCGGGUAUUGGCUUCCAACGAGGCACGUCGUAUGCUGAGCAGCUCGACGUACACGAAUCGACCCAGACUGUCCGUGAAGCACUCCGCUUCAGUGCCGACCUUCGCCAGCCCUACGAAGUCCCGCGGGAAAACAAGUACGCGUACGUCGAAGAGAUCCUGUGCCUCCUCGAACUCGAGAAUCUCGCCGACGCCAUCAUCGGCACGCCCGAGAGCGGCCUCUCUGUCGAAGAACGCAAGCGCGUGACCAUUGGCGUCGAACUCGCCGCAAAGCCCCAAUUGCUUCUCUUCCUCGACGAACCCACCUCGGGCCUCGACUCCCAAUCUGCGUUCAACAUCGUCCGGUUCCUACGCAAGCUCGCCGCCGCAGGCCAAGCCAUCCUCUGCACGAUUCAUCAACCCAACAGUGCAUUGUUCGAGAACUUCGACCGACUCUUGCUGCUCCAGAAGGGCGGCGAGACCGUAUACUUUGGCGACAUUGGCAAAGACGCACACGUGCUGCUCGGCUACUUCCACAAAUACGGGGCGGACUGUCCACCGGACGCCAACCCAGCCGAAUGGAUGCUGGACGCCAUCGGCGCAGGCAUCGCGCCUCGCAUCGGUGCCCGCGACUGGGGCGAGAUCUGGCGCGACAGCGACGAACUGGCCACCACAAAGGCCGAGAUCGUCGAGAUGCGAGCCCUUCGUCAACGCGACGCCGCCAGUGAACCGCAACUCGACGAAAAGGAAUACGCCUCGCCCCUGUGGCACCAGAUCAAGAUCGUCUCGUGGCGCACGCACCUGGCCUUCUGGCGGUCGCCGAACUACGGCUUCACCCGACUUUUCAACCACGUCGCCAUCGCCUUACUGUCCGGUCUGGCGUUCCUGCAACUCGACGACAGCAGAUCGAGCCUGCAGUACCGGGUGUUCGUGAUAUUCCAGGUCACCGUGAUCCCGGCACUGAUCCUCGCGCAAGUCGAGCCCAUGUACGACCUGUCGCGGCUGAUCUUCUACCGUGAGUCUGCGGCGAAAGCGUACAAGCAGUUCCCCUUCGCGUUCGCCAUGGUCUGCGCCGAGAUGCCGUACAGCCUGCUGUGCGCCGCCUUCUUCUUCAUUCCGAUCUACUACCUCCCCGGGUUCAACCAUUCGUCGACGCGCGCGGGUUACCAAUUCUUCAUCGUGCUGAUCACCGAGCUCUUCUCCGUCACGGCGGGCCAGAUGAUCGCCGCGCUGACCCCGUCGAGCUUCAUCUCCAGUCUCAUCAACCCGUUCGUCGUCAUCAUCUUCGCCCUGUUCUGUGGCGUGACCAUCCCGAAACCGCAGAUCCCCGGCUUCUGGCGCGCCUGGCUGUACCAGCUCGAUCCCUUCACGCGGCUCGUGUCCGGCAUGGUCACCACCGAACUACACGGUUUGCCGGUCGUGUGCAAACCGCACGAACUGAAUUCCUUCCCGGCCCCGUCUGGUCAGGAUUGUGGCUCGUACAUGGCGGAUUUCUUUGAGCGAGGCGGGUCCGGAUACAUUGUCAGCAACGUGAGCGAUGUGUGCCAGUACUGCGCGUACAAGGUCGGCGAUCAAUUCUACGAGCCCUUGCAAUUGAGCUUUGGUCAUCGAUGGCGCGAUCUGGGCAUUUUUGCGGCUUUCAUCGCGAGCAAUCUGAUUCUGUUGUUCAUCGGCUCGAGGUAUUUGAACUUCAAUAGGCGGUAAAUCACACUCAGUGUGUCGACGACUUCAGAAAUAAGAUGGGGGACUGCCAGUGGUUAAGUCAUUGCGAAGGGCAAAUCUUUUUUGCAAAGAAAAGCUUCUACUGAGAAAUGGUAGUGGGUAGCGCUUGUAAACAAUAGCUUAGAUUAAGCGUGGGAGUACUGAGCAAUAU